AUGAGCCUCGCGCAAGCUUUGCCCCAAAGCAGCGGAGCCGCUCUAACGGCAACAACUUCCACGAUGAUGCACCCACCACCACCACCACCACAACAACAACCACAGUCCUCUAAUAACAACAACAGCACCAAUAACAACACCAACAGCAGUAGCACCACACACCAUCAUGGUAGUGUGGGAAGUAAUCAACAACCACCAAUAUCCCCAAUGCCUGUAUCUCCCCGUAGUUCCAGUACACCUCCCACUGGGAUUCCCCCACAAUAUCAUCAUCAUGAGGGUAUGAUGCCCCGAAAGUCCUAUUCUUGUGAGGACUUUGAACUGGGAGAACAAAUUGGAGAGGGAGCGUAUAGUAGAGUUGUUCUCGCCACCUUUAAACCAACCGGAAAGCAAUAUGCUUUGAAGAUUAUCAAGAAGCAAUUGAUUUUGAAGGAAAACAAGACCAAAACUGUAAAGAUGGAGAAACAAGUAUUGAACAUGAUGGACCAUGAUAAUGUGAUUAAAUUGUUUUGUACAUUCCAAGAUGCCAAUAAUUUAUAUUUUGCCCUCGAAUAUGCUCCAGGAGGAGAAUUAUACUCGUACAUUAAAAACUAUGGGCCGUUCUCGCUGGAAGCCACACAAUUCUACACUGCUGAGAUUGUGAAUGCGAUGGAGUAUAUGCACUCUCUCGGAAUUAUUCACAGAGAUCUUAAGGCUGAAGAAGAAGUGACUGUUGGAGAUUCUCCUCUUAAGGCCAAGAAGGGUACAUUUUGCGGAACUGUACAGUAUGUGUCUCCAGAGAUAUUGAAAGAUGAAGAUUGUACUGAGGCUGCUGACUUGUGGGCUCUCGGUUGUAUUGUAUAUCAAAUGCUUACAGCCACUCAUCCAUUUAAGGCUGAGUCUGAAUACUUAAUUUUCCAAAAGAUAUUGAAGAGAGAGUUUGAAUUCCCUGAUGAUUUUCCAUAUGUGGCACGUGAUCUUGUCGACAAGUUACUCCAAUUGGAUGCCAUGAAACGAUUGGGUGUAGGUCCAUGUGGGUAUAAGGAGCUAAAAGCCCAUCCCUUCUUUGAUGGCAUUGACUUUAAUAAUUUGAAGAAUCAAACUCCACCAUCUAUUGUACCAUUUGCUGAUUUGGAUGCUAUUGAACUUGAAGACAAGCAAGACGACUUUGAUGAACCUAAUCCCUAUAUUGUAGAAAAAUUGAACGAAAAGUGGUCACUAUUUUUACUGAAAAACGAGUCCAUCAUCUAUACUAGAAAAGUUAUCAAACGAAGAAGAUUGACCGCUAAAAAGAGACAGCUCAUUCUAACUGAUUGGCCCAGACUCAUGUACAUAGAUUAUGAAAACAUGGUGGUGAAAGGUUUUGUGCCGCUAUCAAAAACUCUUAAGGUUAUCAAGAAGUCAGAUAACAAUAUGAUUUUACGCACACCAGGACGUGAUUACAUUAUUGAGGACGUCAACGGUUGUGUAGACAAGUGGGCAUACUGGAUUGAGAAAAUGAUAUCUGAAAAACUUGGUACUAACUGA